UCAAGAGGGAACCCUAGAAAAUGAUGAUAAAACUAACAAAAGGUGUAGUCAUAACACAUAACCUAACAAUUGACGGACAAAACAACUCACUGCAUUAAAAAAAUUAAAUAAUGCAUGACUUUAAAGAGAAAGUAGUUAUAGUUACUGGAGGUGCAAGUGGGAUAGGUGCACAUAUUGUCGAAGAAUUUCUGAAAGAAGGCGUAAAGUACAUAGCAUUUCUAGAUAUCGCUGAAAAUGUAGGUGUAAAGUUAGAGGGUAAACUAAAAAUAACUUAUGGAGAGAAUAAAGUGUGCUUCUUUAAAUGCGAUGUCACAAAGGAUGAAGAAUUAUUCGGAAUUUAUGAAAGCGUUCAAAAAGAUUUUAAUGGUAUUGAUGUAGUUGUAAACAACGCUGGUAUUGCUACUGAGACUCCAAAGACAUUUAAAAAGACUAUUGAAACUAAUUUGUCAGCUACAAUUUCUUCUACAUACAAAGCACUAGAUCUCAUGCGUGUUGAUCAUGGUGGAAAAGGAGGAACCAUCAUUAACGUAUCUUCAGUCGCCGCACUGUCUUUACUAUCGCCGAGUCUCUUUACAUACUCAGCAACUAAAAUGGCAGUGUUACACUUCAGUAACUGUGUUGGGAAAGAAGAAUAUUAUCGCCACACCAAUGUGCGUGUAUUGACAAUAUGCUUUGGGAUAACAGAAACAGCUAUAUGGGACAAAAUGGAUGUUAUUGACGAAUUAAUACAAGAUACACUUAACAAUUUUAAGUAUAAAAAGAUGCAAUCUGGUGAAGUAGCCGCUCAAGGAUUAAUGCAAAGUUACAGGGCUGGUAAAAGUGGAAGCACAUGGCUUAUUAAUUACAACAAUGUUACGGACAUCAGUGACGAUAUACAACAAGGAUUCAAAGUUUUGUCUGGAAACAAAACAAUGUAGAGAGCUUUCUAUAACUUGAUUGAACAUAGUGGCAUCCAAACACAAAAGAAAAAGCUACAUUUACUUACUUCAUGCAGAACAAAGAUGAAAAGCUGCUUAUCAAAGUAGAGAUCAUAUUAAUAUCAAUAAUAGUAACAUGUAUAUAAUCAGCUGUUACGUAAUUAUUGUUUACCUACAUAAUUAUUUCAAUAAAGUAUUUAUUUAUUAGUAGUAGGUAUAGAAAAUACAUGUAUGUAGUAAUAUAAAAUAUUUGCUAAUGAUUAUUUAUAAGUCGUGACUUGCAUUGCGCUUUGGCAUUUACUGUUAGCAUUGAAAGAAUCUGUUAAAAAAAAAAUGUAAUAAAAAUAAAAUUUAAAGAUUUCA